UGAUACCUUCAGGAUAAGAUUGCUGUUACUGAAUUCACUGUGUUAAUAACUCGACGGGAACCCAGGCAAGUAAAGCAAAUCGUAGAAGUUUUGACAGUCUAUCGCUCAGGUCGACAGCUUCAAAACAAAAUCGAAAAGUUGCAAAGUGACGCCAGAGUCCAUUUGGACGUGACUGUAAGGGUAGACGUGAAACUCAUAUCUGCCUAUGCGACCUUGCUUGAUUUAACGAUGAAGAUGGUGGCGGAUGCAAACCCCCCUGAGCUAUGGAACCAAAGUCAAAAUGGGGAAACCUUUCGCCAACAAUUUCCAGAAUAUCUACGUCGCACAGUGAAGGGGAUACAAAACAAUUCCAAAGCACUGAAACCUCCUCCUCAAAGCGUUACAGAUCUAGCACAAUCAGCUGUCAGAUCCUUCGAGGAUGCCCGGGACUUGUGUCUUAUAUCGCAACACCAUCUUGGUAGAUUUUAUGAGCAGCGUUUUCAACAUAGAGCUAGAACGGAUAAAUUACAUCCUAGAGACAAAAAGAUGAUGGCGCGAACACGUAAUAACGCAAUAGUCCGCCAGUUUGCCACACAAAACGAAGCAUAUAUAGACGCUCUGAAUGAUGCUAAGGGCGCUCAAAAUAUGAUCAACCUACUUAAUCAGUAUGUUCAGCCGUACUCCGACAGCGGGGAGCUCAAAAGUCUUGGAGGUGAGAUGAGUCUGCUAUUAGAUCGUACCAUCACUCAGAAAGACGUUGUGGAACGGAUGUUGACAGAUCACGUGCGGGGGAUGGCGAACAUGGUCAACACCUGGUUCCGGCCGGGAUUCCAUCAUCGAUUUGCCGAAAAAUUCUUGGAUAUACUGGCUCUAGCUCCCUCAUCCGAGACGAUGCUUCCAUAAAUGCGAAGCGUCCUCGCUCUUCUCUCAUGGCCUGGUACUUCUGUGC